UCAGUGCUCUUAGCACAGUUCGGAGAACGCGGUAUAUACGCUCGGUCAUCGAUUCGUGGCGAGAAAAUUUUCGGUGUGAGUGAUUUUAUAUCCUUCACGUAACUUCCGGCGUAACGAAGACUUUUCGGACGUCGAUAAUGCGCGAUCGGGUGGCCGCGAGUAUCGUCCCGAUAACGACCGCGAAUUGAAAUUGCGAGAAUGUGGGCUACGCGCGAUCAUUCGACCUGACUCGCCUCGUCGGUGAUAUGAAAGAAACAUGGAGGCACGAUCGAUGAGACGUCGCGGCGUGUUUCUUCCGUCGCUGAUCACGUGGCUGACAAUUCUGUCAAUUGCGAGAUGUCAAAGCAUUUGCCCUGCCAGGUGUCUGUGCCAUCUCAGCCAGUUACCCAGAACCGUCGAGUGUUCGAAGCAAGGCUUACAGAUAUUUCCCGAAAAUAUCAGUGAUGUGGUCGAGCACCUGGAUUUGUCGAGCAAUCUUUUAAGUGAGAUCACCGACGAAGUUAACCGGCUGAUCGAGCUACAGUACCUGAAUUUAGCCAAGAAUCAGCUCAGUUCUCUGCCGCGUAAUCUCGAAGAAUUAAGAAAGCUUCGUAGACUAGAUCUAUCAGACAAUAUUAUCGUAAAUACGGCAGAUAUUGCUUCCAUUAGCCAACUACCGUCCCUGACAGUUCUAUACAUCUCAAGGAACCUAUUACCUGACUUGAAAGGGCUAACCAGCGAAGUGCUUCAGGCAGUGGAUGCCGGCCAUUGCCUUAUAAAAGAAUUUAACAAUGAAUCCUUGAGUGAACUGCCGGUGCUGACUACUCUGAGUCUCGCGGGAAAUCCGCUGAGAAGUAUUGAAACGCCUGUCAGCAAAACAUUGCGAUGGUUGGACAUGUCUGACUGCGUCCUAAACUACCUCUAUCCAGACACUUUUAGCGGACUUCCAGAACUGGAGGAGCUACGACUGAUCAAUAAUCCUACGUUAGUGUACAGUACUCGACAUUCGACCCUAGAGCAUCUAAAGCUAAAGAAACUGGACGUAUCGAGAUGUAACCUUGAUCGACCCGGUCUUCAUGGUCUCCCGUCGUUGACGCAGGCUCGUCUCUCCCGCAACACAAUUCGUUUACUACCCGAUCGUAUUUUCGCGAAAAACAAGCAGCUGACGCACUUGUACCUGAACGCGAACAACUUGGAGCGACUGAAUGUCAGCACAUUCGAAGGUCUGGUGAGGCUUCAGGUACUAGAUCUGUCUGCGAACAGUCUCGGGGAAGUUCACAGGCUGGCGUUCCGGGAUAACAUCGAUCUCAGACUUCUGAAUCUUUCCUACAACUCUCUGAAUCGAUUCCCGGAUCUGUCGACUCUCGUUACGUCGUUGGACCUAUCCUUCAACCUAAUCAGUCACUUCAGGGCGAACUCCUUGGAGGAGAUGCCCAGACUCAGAAGCCUGAACUUGAAAGACAAUCAUCUGCAGUCGUUACCGCGUAACUUAAAUUCGAGAACGUUAAGAAUAUUGAAUGUGCAGAGGAACAGGAUCAUCGAGCUACACAACGACAGCUUUGCUGAAUUACCGUUAUUGCAAAAGAUCGACUUGUCAGGAAAUCGCUUGACGGAGGCAAUGGAUCCUGACAUAUUUCGAAACAAUCCAGAUUUAGCCGUAAUCCAUUUAGAAGAUAAUCCAUGGAGGUGCGACUGUGCACAACUCUACGUCACCUUUGAGUACUUAACGGUUCCUUCCCCCAAAAUUGUGGGAUCGACUCUGAUUUGCCAGAGUCCGGCGAACGUUUCCGGCUACUCGUGGGAAGCCGCAUGUUUCGACGCGUGGAACACUGAUAUUUAUUACAGCAAGGACAGAACUUGGGGAAUGGUUAUGAUCAGCUUACUCAUCUUAGUCGUUCUGUGUGGCAGUGUGAUAUCAAUUAAGCACACUUUAAAGAUAAAGAGAAGAGUCCUCGAGCAGAGGCAAAGGGAAUUAGCAGAAGAAAGAGAAAGAUUACGACUUUUGCAAAGGAGGAACCAGCGUUUAGAAGAAGAGGUAGAGGAACUGGAGACAGAGGAGAUCAGAAUUAAUCCUCUAGAACUAGUCGGUCCACCUAGCUACGAGGAAGCGGUCCAGAUGCCGAGACUAGCUCACUCCAUGGAUGCAUUAAACGAGAUCUCCAUCGAAAACGGCACUUUGCGCUCCAUAAAUUCCAUGGAUAAUCUACGGACAAAGAAGAGAAGAACGAGGAGACCUCGUAAACGGACGCAGAGCGAGGACGAUCUGCUGAGACGGGAGGAACGCCGGCAGGAACGAAUCAGAAGAGAGCGGAAUAAUUCCAGCGGCAACAUAUGCGACACGGAUCAACAGCAUAAUACGAAUCCCAGGAAUCCUAGGACUUCUUCGGCGCGCAGAUCCAGGAGGCACAGCGUCGUGGAUGAGGUUAUCGAAUCGAGCAGUAGCAAAGACAGACCGAGGCCGCAAACUCCCACCUCGAGGAGAAGAAAAAGAAGACAAGUGUUCAGAAACGAACAUGUGACCGAUGACGAAGAUUCCGACGUUCAAGCAAUAAGUUCGAACCGAUCCAUUGUCAUCAAGGAACUCAAACGAGAGCCCAAGGGCGGUUGUAGGGAAUCAUUCGUGGAACGGGAGUAAACUAUUCGUUUCAUUCGUGAAUUUAUUCCAAAGCGUAUGAUAAAUAUUUUUUUUUAGUACUUUAAUAAAAAUUUAAUAAAAAUGUAGGAAAUGAGAGGAGGAAUGUAGAUUUUUAAUUUUCUUAAUGCGUAAUUAAUGUUAUGUCGCCCACUCCGCGCAAAACGUGGCUCUCUAAUUUCAAAACUUAUUUCCCAGAAAGUCGUCUUGGAAUGGUACGAUCGGCGUUUAAUCAACAGGGUGGGUACGGAUCCAUGAUAACACACUUCGGCGCGAUAAUAUUACGACGGUUUUAUCUUGUCAAACCGGUUUUUUUCCCCCGUGUUAAAUACACAUAUAUUGCCCAAGGAAGAUUAGUAAUCAAGGAAAUGACAAAUGAACCGGCGAGCCAAUAGUAAAAGGUUUACUCUGAAGAAGAGCAAAAGUACGAGCGUCUUCUUGGAACACUGUCUCCUCCGUCGAGAUUCUAGCUCGUAAUAACGCCGAGAUUACCGGUUCGAAUGCAGCGCAGGCGCGCCGAUCUCGAAUUACGGUAAUUUCUUGUCAAUCUAAAAAGAAUUAAGAUACUUCAAGAUUAUAGUUAUGAACUAAUUGUGUAUCAUGUUAAUGUAUCAUUUGCGACAAUAAAAGGGGCGGUGAACGGCAA